CACAAACUAUAACCGAAACACUGAUUGAAAAGUAGUUGUGUUUUGAUUGGCAUUUGAUUUGGCAGUGAAUUAGCGACCAAUGAGUUGUGAAAUGAGUAGUGAUUUAAACAAACUGUGGACUCAAUUGAGUGACACUUUGAAUGGCAUCAAAGACAUGGAUGACGUGAGUGUCAAAGAAAUGAGCGAUGGAUUCGAGACCAAGAAGAAAGAAUUGAAUGGUUCGGUGAAGGAGUGGAAGCGAUGCGCGAAAGACAAGCAAAGAGUGGCCGUAGAGAUAGAGAGCGUCCAAAAGGCUAUAAUGAAAGCCAAGGCUAACAUAGAAAAGGCUGAACGCAAGUCAUCCGAUGUCCACAAGUACAUCGAAAAGCUGUCGAAGAAGAANUUUCUGUCGAAGAAGAACGACGAGAACAAAGAGAAUGUGGAAAAUGUGAUGAAUGUCUGGAAUGCCAUUGGAUUGAGAAUCGAGAAAAGAGAGGAUGUCUUCACUGUCCGGUUCAAUAAGAUCUCCGAAACGGAUCCAAACAAAUGGUUUACUGUUAAAGUGAACGCCGAAGACAAACGGAUUAAAGUUGUGGAGUGCGAUCCCAAGGAUUCUUUGGACACCAAACUCAUUGAGGAUGAGUUCAACUCCAGAAGCGAUGACUUGAAACCAGAUUUGCGUCAUUUGAUUGCUCUCAUCAGAAGUGCUCUCAAGAAAAGACACUCCAAAUGAGAUAACCCUUCAUAUGAUCACCACUUCAUAACACUUAU